CCGAUGAACGCACACACACUGAUGCGCACCAGUGCGGCUGUAGUCCAAGCUCAUGCCGCACACUUUCCUCUCUGUGCACUUGGAAAAUAUACAGUGAUUAAAAAAAAAAAACAGUGGUUCGAACUGGAUGUGUUCUGGAUAUGGAUUCAGAGCUUUUUGUUGAUUCUCUACAACUGCAAUAACACUUCGAGCUCUUUUUUCUUUUUGUGUUGUUAUUCCAGAGCUGUCUGCUCGUCCCACAUUUUCGGGGAGGUGUCGAGUCUGCUGAUCUAAAUUUGGAUGUUUACUGCUGACUUUUUCCUGAAAUCCUCAUCCACAUGACUGAGCCAGGGUACGAGCGGAGACGUGGCUCCCCACCUGGGAAGACCUACGGCUAAAGUUUGAAGGGUGCAAAUCUGAUCGUUUCCCCCACCUUUACUUGCUAGGAUUUGCAAUCACCCCAUAAAUUGCAGUAAAUAGCGGAUAUCUUAUCUAUCUCUGCGCAGCAGCGGGAGUUGUUCGACUUGGAUUUAUAGCACUCCUGGAUUUCACCCCCAUCUAAACCAUGAGGACCGUCGUUUUUGAUGGGGGGCGACUCCUUUUCCUGGUGAUGUGGCUGAACCUAUUGCCUCAAACUGACAGCUGCCCUGCCAAGUGUGUGUGCUAUAGUGAGCCCAGGCCCACUGUGGCUUGCCAACAACAAGGACUGUUUUCCAUUCCUACAGAGAUUCCUGUACGGAGCCAACGGAUAUUCCUCCAGAGUAACAAGCUGACAGUGGUGAGGUCCACUAGCUUCAGUUUGUGUCACAAUCUUACUGUGCUCGGGCUUUACUCAAAUAACAUAAGCUACAUCGAGGCUGGAGCCUUUUUUGGUUUGGAAAAACUAGAGGAACUGGACAUUGGAGAUAACAGCAACCUCCGCACCAUUAGCCCAACAGCCUUUCGGGGUUUAACUAAGCUGCACACCCUCCACCUGCACAGAUGUGGCCUGUCAGAGCUCCCUGUUGGUGUUUUCCGAGGAAUGUUCUCUCUCCAAUAUCUUUACCUGCAAGACAAUAACAUUAUCAUGCUGCAUGAUGACACCUUUGUGGACCUUGCCAACCUCACCUAUCUCUACCUGCACAAUAACAAGAUCAAGAUAGUAACAGACAACAUGUUUCAUGGCCUAAUAAAUCUGGACCGCCUACUGCUACACCAGAACCGGGUAAUCUUUGUCCAACCCAGGGCUUUUAGUGAUCUUGGUAAACUAAAAUCCUUAUUCCUGUUCUUUAACAACCUUACUGUCUUGACUGGGGAGACGAUGGACCCUCUGGUAUCCCUCCAGUAUUUGCGUUUAAAUGGGAAUCAAUGGAUUUGUGAUUGCCGGGCGAGGACCUUAUGGGACUGGUUUAAACGUUUCAAAGGUUCCAGCUCAGAGUUGGAGUGCCAUGUUCCAGAGUUCCUGGCAGGAAAGGACCUGAAACAACUGAAAAGUGAAGAAUUGGAGGGAUGUGUAGAAACACCACAAAUACAGACCAGCCUUGUCAACUCCAAAGCACUGUUUGGGAAAAUUUCCUCAACCGAAAGUCCUCUAGCCGAAACCAUUCCCAGGUGUUGUCUUGGAGAUAAUGACAAGUCCUCCAUCCUUUCUGGAAAAAGUCACCAGAUCACUAAUAAUCCUCUUAAGGAUAAAGAGAACAUGUCCAAAACCAAAUACAAACAGCAAGAAAGAACAGCAAAAAACGAGACCCAGAAUAAGCAAAAUGAUGGGCCACUGGGGACCUUAUCCAACAACCUGGACAAGACGUUGGAAAACCUAAACCCUGAAUUCAUAGAGAAUCCAGAAUCAUCUACAGCAUCAAACAAAAAGAAAAAGAAGUGUUCCAAAAAACCCAAAUUGGAUGCCAACUGCAAUAAAAGCCAGAGCUCUACUUUGCAAGUGCUGCACUUUCUCAUUAUUUCCAUGAUUUGGAUAUCUCUAGCCAUGUCUUAGGACUCCUGACAACACUGCACAAAGAACUCAAGAAUGUUUAUGCUAAUGACAAUGACACAGAACAUCCAGUGACACCUACAACAGACAGUGACUGAAAAGCAAGGAGUCAUGUUGACCCAACAUCGCUGGAGACAAACAAUAGUGAAAAAAGUACAAUAAAAGAAACGGAUGCCUUUACAGAUCUAAUGUAAAUAUUGAUUUGGUGCCCAAAAUUGUUUGUUCUCUAUGUACUCAAUUGUACUGUGUCUAAGCUACACUUUGGAGGAUCUGCCCCCCCCUCAAAAACAAAAAAGCUUUUAUUGCUUAGACAGACCACAGCAAAACAAAACAAAGGACAAAAACAACGGUGGAUAAAAAGCUUCAUACUGGAAAUUAGAGACAAAUGCAAAAAAUGUUUGGUCUGUUUGAAGAGGAAAAAAUUCGCCUCUCAAUAUUUAUUCAAAGUCAUACAUUUGUUGUAAUGUUCUUUUUUAUGUUUAUAAAAAUAAAUGUUUUACCUCCUGGAUUUUAGUUCUAUAUUUUCAUGACAAAAAGGAUAUAUGGGGAACAUUUACGAAAUGAAUGCUGUCCUUUUAUUCAUUGGGAAUUGCAUUGAAAUCAUAGAUAUGCAUUUAUUUUACUUGUGUACAAGUAUGGAUAUAUUAUGAAUAAAAGUUCUUAUUUCAUA